GCCGGCUUGGCGGGAGCCGAGGGUCCCGGCCUGAGCGCUGGGUCUCCCGGCCGGGCGGCCCCGCCCAGGGCAAGGGACCGAGCGGACUCCUCCUGGCGGCCGUCUCGCCCCGACGCAGGGGUGGCGAUGGCCCCGCUGCCGGCGCGUUCGCCCCCCUCGCUCCACGCUCACGCGGCGCCGAGGCCCACGCUCCACACGGGAGGUGGGGGGCGAGGGUCUGUCGUCGGAAGGCGGCCUCGCGUGCAGCUGUGAGCCCAGAGCGGGAGGGUUGAGCCCGCUCCUGUCCCGGCUUAAAAGCGCCAACACUCGUGUCUCGGGCCUGCUGCAGCCGCGCGGGUCCUGGUUCCCAGACCCACUGAGGAUCGGCCAGCGAGUGAGACCCGGGCUCCUGGAGGCAGCGGGUCGAGGGUGGGGGAGUCCCCGCUGCCGCUGGAUACCCGAGGGCCCAGGAGGGGAGCGUCCCAGGCACCGGCCGAGGCUGCGCAGCAGGGACCAGCACCGCAGCCUCCGGUCCAGGGCCGGUUCCUCUCCCGACAAGUGCCGACUGAGGCGUCUGUGCCUGCAGCAGCCACUGCCUGACUCCGGGCCUGGGGGCUGCGGGGCCACAGAAGACAACCUUGUUUUCAACAGUUACUUUAUUGCUCCGUGUGCACAGUAAGUCGGUGCAGUCUCUGCUGUCAAGGGCCCGCCUGCCUGAGGAGAUUUAUGUAAAAUGUUUCCUCAGCAGCAGUCGGUGCAGACUCCAGCCAAGCCAUUAGGGAUUCAGGAUUGAAAGAGACAUGAUGGUGUCCUCUGGAACCCCAGCCUCACAGGGAGCCCAGCACAUCGAUGACAUGCCACGCAUGGGGCAAUGAGUGUCCCGUGGAGGGACAGAGCUGCGGGGCACAGAGGAAGCCCACACAGGCCCCAGGCCGGCCAGGGUCAGGCUCGGUGGGCUCAUGGAGUCUGGACACAGAGUAGAUGACUUCAUGUGCCAGUGCCCAGGAAAAGAGCACGCGGCUUCCCUUCGGCCCCACCCGCCCCCGGCCACCAGGGUUGAUCGCACCUUGUAUUGGUCCCGGUUUCUGUUAGAUCCCAGCCUCGCCCUAGUCGACUGGGGCUGUGAGCCUCCUCACUCCCUGGUUCUGCCGCCCACCCCAGCAGAGACGCCCCUUAUUCCCACAUCUUCACUUCUGGCUCCCAGCUGAUGCUGACAUCUCCCUCUUCCCAGAACUCCCUCUGGAAAGGGCCCUUGGAUGGUGGUGUUGGCCUCUCAUCCGAAUCCACUUUUGCUUAAACAUUUUCACUGAAAAGAGACCAGACUCCCAGGAUCCUUGUUGAGACAGGAGAUCCGUACAGCUGUUUUAUUUCUUACCUCCCCAUGGGGGAGAGGGAAGGAAGCCCAAGUGGUCCCCUUGACUUGAGAAGGAGAAUUCAAAGUAUUUGUACCUCAGAACAUACAUCCCUUGGAACACCUGGAGCACCACAUUUUGGGGGUUUCAGUUCCAGAGCUUCAGUUACUGACUCAUAAAGAACCACGUAAAAAGUGAGACAUUUCCGAAGCAAGAGAGUUACAAGGUCAGACGUUCAUGAGAUUUGAGAGCUUUGCCCCUGGCCUUGACCUGCGGGGAGAGGCCGUGGACCCUGAGUCCUUGCUGUCUUCCAUGGGGCCCUUCCUCUUCCCAGGAGCACAGCAAGAUGCAAAAGCUUCCAGGCAAGAAAAAGAAGACACAGACUCCAAAGGAAGUAGUAGAUGUGCAGAAGGACACUCUCCAAGAAGAAAAAGCAUCAGAAAAGAAAAAGCCAAACAAAAGGUCCGCCUUGGCCAGAACGCGCAGUCAGAGGCCAGGCCUGAGCCCUGAAGAUGAGGAGCACCUGUUUGAGGCCUUUGAUGCUUCGUUCAAAGAUGACUUCAAGGGGGUUCCUGUGUUCAUUCCUUUUCAGAGAAAGAAGCCCUAUGAGUGCAGCGAGUGCGGGCGGGUCUUUAAGCACAAGACAGACCACAUCCGGCAUCAGCGGGUUCACACCGGGGAGAAGCCCUUCAUGUGUGCCCAGUGCGGGAAGACGUUCAGGCACAGCUCUGACGUCACCAAACAUCAGCGAGUCCACAGCGGAGAAAAGCCCUUCACGUGCAGCGAAUGUGGGAAAGCCUUCAACUGCGGUUCAAAUCUCCUGAAACAUCAGAAAACUCACACCGGAGAGAAGCCGUACGAAUGUCAGGAGUGUGGGAAAACCUUCGCCUACAGUUCAUGCCUCAUUCGGCAUCGGAAACGCCACCCGCGGAAGAAGCCCCGAGCUGGGAAAGCCUUCGGGAGAUUCGUGCAUUAGCGAGCACCAGAGGAUUUGUGCUGAUAGGAAGUUUUCACGGGGGAGCCUUUCACUCAGGGCCGGUCCUCACGCAGCAUCUCCCGGAUGAGGCUGGGGCGUCCAGGAGAGUCAGCUCUGCUAACCAUGGGGACACCUGGGGGUGGCAGCGGCCGUUCUGGUUCACAGGUCUUUACGUCGAAACCCCAUGGCAGGGUGGGCCUCCUCACCAGUUACCUCGAUCUGCUCGUCACUCAGCACCAGUGGCAGAUGAGGCUCUAAACCGCAGUCCUUGGCGAGACCAGCCCUUGCAGGAGAGGCGUCUGGUGGGAGCGAGCGGCCAGCACCACCCACAGCCACCUCUUCUUGUGCGUGUCCAUCAGCCUUUGGCCCUGUUACCUGCACCUUUCCAGGAUUUCAUCUGCAGACUCUCAGCCCACUGGGUCCUGAGCCCACGACAUGCAACUUGGCAAGAUUUUUGCCCACACUGGGGGAGCGGGCAGGAAGCCUGUGGCCUCGAGCUGGGUAACGUGCUUCUGGGGUGAGCCCCUGCUGACCGCACCAGGCCCGGCACGUCCUGUGGUCCAGACCCUGAGCUCAACUCCUCAUUCCUGGACACAGCAGCGCUCCCCAGGCCUCCCCGGCCCAACCGUCCACCCAGGCAGACACCGGAUUCCACCCUACGGACCUCCCAGGGCUGCCGCCGUGGGAAAGCCUGCCCGGCCUGGUGCCGGGCCCCUGGGUGCUGACGGCAGCCUCCCUCCAGCCCCGAUGGUGUCCCUACAGAGAUGGGCCUUGGAGGAUGUGACGUCCUCGCUGUCCUGCAGCUGUGGCCACUUGAUGGGUCUGCAGUGUCACAGCGACUGCCCCGUGAUGCCUGCGUUCUGUGCUGCGAGGGCACGUUGGAGCUGCUGCCGGGGCCACGUGCCCCCUGCCGCCACCGCUCAGCUCAGCCUGGACAGCACGGCAGCACGUGAGCCCGGCUGCGCUCCACGGGAACUUGAUUUACAACAUCGGGCAACAGGCCAGAUCCGGUGGUGGAGGGACCUUCACUGGUGACCGCUGUUCUAGAUGGAGGCCGCAGAGAGUUCACCGGCUCUUCUGGAAAGUUUUAGGUUGUUGGAGCAGAUCACCCCUGAUGCAAGAAGUAACUGCUGAAAUAUAUAUAAAAAGGGACUCUUAAAACUACCAAGUAAAAUUCCCUGAGUUCAAAGGAGGAGCAGAGAUGAAGAGGAGGAAAAAACCCGCUAGGUGAGAAGAAAGGACAUUUCGUUCGGAGCAGACAGGUCCCGGCCCGUGACCAACGCCAGGAGCAGGUGCCUGCAGAGCCACGAGCUCACGGCAGUGUGCGCCUGGCCCAACCCCUGGUCCAGCCCAGACUCACACCACAGGGACGGUCAGCUCGGCCUCUGUGGACAUCUGGGUUCUUGUCACAAGGAGAUGGAGCAGCGGCACCUCCAGGAGCCCCCUGGCCCCCACAGGACCCACCCCAGGCAGCACCACCCCCAGAGCCUCACUCGGGGACCUCAUCCUGCGGAGGGAGUCCCGGGGGCCCACAGCAGGUGCAGGGAAACCUUUGACCAUAACGACCUCAGGACGAGCUGUGACCGUCAUGGCUGCGCUUCCCAGCGGGGACGUGAGGUGGUGUGUCCUUCCGUGAGCAUUUUAGGGACUGCCUCACAUCUGUCCCUACAGGUCUUAUCCUGGGCCCACGGCCCAGGAGCCUCCACUGCCCGGGGAGGAUUGUGGUGGCAUGAGGGGCCGGGACCAGGGUCUGGGCAGAUUUGAACUGGGCUCCGAGGCGGGCAGGGCUCUUCUGGCAUCCGGCCUCUGUCUCCUCUGCAUUCUCAGAGGGGCUGGCCGCACACUGGGGACCCUUCUCCCUCCCAUCAGUUGUGCUGUAUUUCCUGGUAAGCUGUGGUCCCCGGAGGCGUCCCCUCGGCUUCCUGGCAGCUGGAGAUCCCUGUGUCAGUCCCCAGUUGUGGCCCCAAGCUGUGACCUCUUCUUUGCGAGUGAACGGAGACAUCAGGACGUGCUGCCAAGGAAGGACAGGAACGGAGUGAGGUCAGUGUCCUGAGGGCCGGUCUGCGCACCCGGGAGAAAGCCCUGGUGCCACUUUCCAGAAGACCAUGGAGGCUCUGCUCCUCAGGAUCAGGGCCCUGGACACCCCCAGGUGCCAGGGAGCCUCAAAGUGGGCACCUGUGACCCCGGCAAGCCAGGACAGGGGUCGGGGGUGUCUGUAAGGUCUGCAGGGAUCAGGGUGAGCUCGGAUCCCAGUGCCGGAGACCUAGGCCACAUGUGUGGGGCGCUGUCUGAGGGGAGGCAGUGGCCCCAGUGGUGCCCGUCGGUGCCUUCCAGCCUCCUGGUCAGGGAAUGGAGUGCGCCCGCCCGGACCCAUGCACCCCUAGAACAGGCAGGAGUUUCAUAGGCAAAGACGGGCAGAGCCAGGGCAGAGGCCGGGGCUGUCCCUUGAGGCCUGCAGCUCCUCUGGCCCAGCUGCCCCGCGCCAGGGGCUGGCACUGCCUUAUUGGUGUCACCGCCCGGCAGCAGCACUCCCACAGCCUCGUCGCACCUGGCCUGGGGUGGGGUCCCAUGCACCCUGAUUUCCUGAGCCGCACCUCUGUUUGAAUAUGUUCCUUUUUCUUGGUCAGGCUGCACGUGCCACCACUUACCUUCUCGCCAGGGAGCUUGCAUUCCGCCCGCUGUGGCAGAUGUGUGCCCUGGUCCAGUAUUCUGUAUUGUCCAGAAAUUUAAAUUUCCAUUUAGUCAUAUUUGUUGGAAAUUCAACAAAUUCCCACUUUAUGAAAUUUCAACUUCAUGAAAUCUUAGCUUCCUUCAGUCCUUAGAAAACAUCUACAUUUGGGAUAAGUAUUCCCUAUUGUUUUCAACGAGUUUUCUGUGCUAUAUUUUUUUCCUGUGGUUUUCUCAUGGUUUUUUAUGACUCCUUAAUCCACACGGAUUGCGGCAGUGGAGUCCCGGGUCACUUUCCACCUGCCCACAGGUUUAUUGCACAGUGCUUCCCUUGCCUGCUGUCUGUCCAGUCUGUCUUCUCAUAUGAUAAAUACCUGUUCCUGUGCCGCCUGCCGUGUUCCCUGGAGUUCAGGAGCGUAGCCGAGACCCCCCACGGGCCAGUGACCCCCACCCCCAGGAGAGAAUGCCGGUGCCUCCCAGCCCAGGCCCGGCCCUCAGGGAUGCUCGGCCAGAAGCCUGGUGGGCCGCGGUGCCCUCUAGGGGCAGCUUCCCAUUAGCCUGACUCGUGAGCGGCUGGUAGAGAAAGCAGAGAAGUAACUCGCUCACUUAGGAGGGGUGUUACCCCUGACCGCCCUUCUGGGCCCCGGGGGACGGACGAAACGGGGGUGGCCGCUCCGUGCCUGUCAUCGCAGCUGCCCCGUGGGAGGCCCGGGAGAUGUCCCCGAGUCCUCCCUCGGCCCCCGGAGCCAGCCCACCUCCAGGCUUGUGGGUUCCCCAGGCCCCCGCCAUCUCGCUUGGCCCUGGUUUAGAACAGUUGUUCUCAACAGGGGGCGACUUCCCUGCACAGGGUUUUGGCCAUGUGGGUCAACGUUUCCACCAGCUUCUGGUGGGCAGAGGCCUGGGGGUCGGCCCCACCGUGGAGAAGGGGCUUUAGACCCUCGCUGUCCUGUGCGUUCACCUCAUUGUUGAGUGCACGUUCCGGGCUGGAGCCAGGAGCCGGUGUCUGCGGACAGCUGCCCCGAGGGGUCCCACCAGCUCCUGGCAGCAGAGGGCUGUGCUCGGGGCGUCUGCAUUUACUAAGGCUCAAACAGCAGCAAAGGCACACAUGUGUUUUUAAGUGUUUAAAAAUAUGACUAGUGUGAAAAAGCAAGAGAAUUAUUCACACACAACUCAGCAGAGGCCAGGAGGGGCUUAGUCCAGGAGCAGCAGAACCCAGAGUGUCCUAGUGCUUCUUCCCAACCCGUGCAUGCAUUUCAUACACGUUUAUAUGUUCUCCAGAUUCCACCCCAAAAGUGAGAAGCAGCGAAGGUGAGCACCCCGUUACCUGUCGCUGUAACUGCUCCAAAACCCCUGGGGCAAGCAUGUGCUUGUGCUCGCGGGUCCCGGGCUCAGGGUUCAGAGCAGCCGGUGGGAGGCCCCGGCCUGGGGAACCAACACCCGGGGAGGACCCCGGGGCUGCCUGCAGAGGGGGCUUCCAUGGGCCAUGAGACCCCACAGGCUUCCUGCCGGCCUGGGCGAUGUCGGGGACCCUCCCUUCACCCUCUCCAGGUCGGGCCGGCUCAGGAGUGGAGGCAAAGCAGAGACCAAGAGUAUGGCAGUUUCCUGGGGCCGUAGGACGGCGAGGACGCUUAAGGAGCCCCGCUCCUCCCUAAGGGGCCCCCUCGGGGUCCCCGUCCCCUGGGAAGCGUGGGCGCAUGGCGGUGGUAGGAGCCGCUCUCCAGGCCUCGGCGCCUCGGGUCAUUCCUCUUUCUCUGAGCCCAGGCUCUGAGCAUACACCUGCACCCGCAGGUUUCCUCCUCCGUCCGCUCACAAUUGCCUUGCUCUGCUUUGCAAAAGGGAGGUGGACGCCCCCAUUCCGGGGCCCACAAGGGGCGCCUAGAGUGUCAGCUGCAAAUGUGACCCCAGGCCCUGGGUACCGGCCCUUUUUACUUGUUUUGCACAAAAUUGAAAGAGGUCAGGCUGGGACACUGAAAUGUGAACUACUGUUUGUUCUGGGAUCUCGUGUGAUUUGAAAAAUAUAAUUCUCUUUUUGCUUAUCUGUAGUUUGUUUUUAAAUUUUAUUUUGAAAUUAAUUCAAACUUCCAGGAACAGUUGCAAAAACAAUACAAACCCCAUACACAGAA